UAUUAUACGCGAACAACGUCGUCGACAGUGGAUAUAACAAAAAUAAAAACAACAACACCGACGGCGACAACGGCGCAGAGAAAGCCAACAUCGAAUUGUUCGUAUUCGAGGAACGCGUUCGCAUCGAACAAGUUGUUCCAUCGUCGAUCGCGAUUUACUACGCGAUUUCAAUCGCGAAAAAUUUCUAUCGGCCGUUUUUUUUCCUUCGAUCGAUUUGGCAGUAGAUAACUCUCGACCAUGAAGAUUCUUAUGCGAGCAGACACCCAUGUGAACAUCGAAUUACCGGGCAACGCGCCAGUCGCUAAAUGCACCUUCAGUCAGGUGCUGGCUGCUUUGUCGGUGUCAUUGGGUUCUAUGGUGGUUGGCUACGCCAGUUCGUACACCUCCCCAGGUUUAGUCUCUAUGAGGGACAAUGCCACGCAUACGUUCGUAGUUACGAAAGAAACGGGCAUGUGGAUAGGAUCUGUGAUGCCGUUGAGCGCACUGUUCGGAGGCAUAGCCGGUGGUCCAUGCAUCGAGUACCUCGGCAGAAGAAACACUAUAUUGGCAACCGCGUUGCCAUUCAUCGCAGCCUGGCUAUUCAUCGCGCUGGCAUCGAACGUUGCGAUGGUUCUGGUCGGUCGUGCUCUCUGCGGCUUCUGCGUCGGCAUCGCUUCGCUGUCGUUACCAGUUUAUCUGGGCGAAACGAUACAGGCCGAGGUGCGGGGCACUCUCGGAUUGUUGCCAACUGCUUUUGGUAAUACAGGCAUUCUGAUCUGCUUCGUGGCGGGCAUGUACAUGAGUUGGAGAAACCUCGCGUUACUCGGCGCGGCUCUACCGAUUCCGUUCAUGAUUCUGAUGUUCGCGAUUCCCGAAACGCCAAGGUGGUACAUCUCCAAGGGAAAGACAAAGAGGGCGCGUAAAUCGUUGCAAUGGUUACGGGGCAAGGAUACCGAUAUCACCGAGGAGCUAACCGCUGUCGAGAAAUUGCACGUCGACAGCGAACGAAACGUAUCGCAGGGUGCGUUUAUGGAACUGUUCAAGAAGAACCACUUGAAGCCGCUUCUGAUUUCUCUCGGUCUGAUGUUCUUCCAACAACUGUCGGGAAUCAACGCGGUUAUAUUCUACACCGUACAAAUUUUCAAGGACGCCGGUAGCAGCAUCGACGAAAACAUCUCGACAAUCAUCGUGGGUAUCGUAAAUUUCAUCUCGACGUUCGUCGCCGCCGCGGUGAUAGACAAGCUUGGAAGGAAGAUGCUGCUUUACAUUAGUGCUGUUUCGAUGUGCCUGACACUGUUCACGUUUGGUGCAUUUUUCUACGCAAAGGACGCGGCGAAAGCUGACGUGUCGGCGUUCGGCUGGAUACCGCUGCUGAGUCUGAUAGUCUACGUGAUCGGAUUCUCCCUAGGAUUCGGCCCGAUCCCGUGGCUGAUGAUGGGCGAAAUUUUACCGGUCAGGAUACGCGGUUCUGCUGCCAGCGUCGCGACUGCCUUCAACUGGACCUGCACGUUCGUCGUGACGAAAUCCUACGAGGACAUCGUUUCAGUCUUCGGAGCAUACGGCACAUUCUGGCUGUUCGGUACGAUCGUCCUGGUCGGUUUCGUCUUCGUGAUUGUUUGCGUGCCGGAGACUCGCGGACGGUCCCUCGAAGAAAUCGAGAAGAGAUUUACCGGCCCCGUCCGGAGAAUGAGCGCGGUCGCCAACAUGAAGCCGAUGCCGAUGGCCUGUUAAUCGAUUAAUAGCCAAUCGAUCCGUUCGAUACCCUCGCGGUUAAUGGAGUUGAUCGUCUGGCGUAACCAAUCGAACGUGUCCUACACAGUUCCUUCGACCGAUAACGAUGCGUGAAGGCGUGAAACGAGGAGACGAUGAACCGUCUUCCGACGCGAUUUUUCUCCAUCAAUAUAUAUACUACUGUUCUCGAUUUCUUCCUACCUCUCCCGGCCUGUUUUCUCUCUCUUCUACCGCAAUCUUGUUCGUUUCGCGUUACGAAACCGACUAAAUUUCUUAUCGAAACGCCGUUUGCGUCAACUGUAUCGAAUAAUUCGUAAUAUUCAAUCGAAGAUCGAACUGCCGAGAGAAAUGAAAAAAAGUCGGUGAGGGAUAGGAAAGAGAGAAAAAGGAGAGAAAGAAGAAAGUAGAGCGCUGGCGCGAAUUAUCGGGUAGCUUGACUUCCUGUACUUAAGGAGACGUUGUUCGGAUAGUUUGUACGGUCCGCGACAGAAAUACAAAUACGAUACGAUCGUACGAUCGGGUUUUGCAUUACGAUGCAAUGACAACGAAAAGGAAGGCUCGUUGAUCGAACGUCGUGAAUACAUCGUUGUUAUAUUUUUGUUAUUCGAUAGUUUUACAGGGUCUACUACCUCAGAUUAGUAAUUUAGCUCUUGCGCAAGGUAUACAAAUAGGUUAACGACAAAUACGACAAAAUAUUUAAUUAGUACACGUGCGCGUAAACGAAUGCGGGCUGAACUUUGAAAACUGAAACUUUGCCGGACCAAAAAUUAUUGACAUUUUUUUUAUACCUCCUAGUAGUAUUCUAUUACGUUACGGGUGGAAUCUAAAAAUGCAAGUUUUAAGUGUAAGAAUCCACCGGUUCAAAAGUUAUGCGUAUGUAAACCUAAGUACUUUUACCGUACUUUACAGCUAGUUUAACGCUAUAUUGCUUUCUAUUGAAAAUUCGUCUAACGAGUGGUGUCACUGGAUGCUCCUAAGGAGAUGCAGGUGGGUGGUGGCCAUUCUGGUCGGGUAAUUUACAUAUGAUUCAAACCAAAAUACUGAUUCUGUGUUUUUUUUUUUACUUAUUGAGCGGUGUCACUGGCUGUAAAGGGAUGCACUGACGCUAUUGAUUGGACAAAUUUUUUAUAGAAACCAACAUAGCGUUAAACUAAUCUGUAAAGCACGUUAAAAAUACUCGGUUUUAAAUACGCGCGUAACUUCUGAAGCUGGAUUCGUGAACUUAAAACUUAGUCAAUAAUUCUUAGCCCAGCAAAGUAAAGUUUACCUCGAGUGCGAGUGCGGCGCGUUACGCUGCGCAUACAGUAAUCGGUAGAUACAGUGCCGAACAGAAAAAGAACGACGAUACCUUUGGGGGUAGAAUGUACAUAUGUUCGUUUCUUUACGAUCGCGACAAUAAAUUUCUACGCGGGGCGAGCUGAGUGUCCUCGCGUGUCUAUGGCGCUACCGGUCGUGACGCAUCCCGUCGCGUUGGGUUUGUACCUUCACGAGCAAACUCGGCUACCACUAGGGGAAAAAGUGUUGCAAGGGAAAGGCCUCCUACACCACUUGGUCUCGGAGUUCUUCAAAAUUUAUGCCAAAUUAAUAUUCGGUUUAACAAC